CGCUAAACAACGUUAAAUUGUCAUCUCUAUCUGGAUUUCGUCGGGAUAUUGAUACAGCACACUGUCUCCGGUUUCACAUGCUACUACCUUCAGGUGGGACUGAACGCCACCUACAUCAUGCUCUCACCCGAAGCACACUGUUCAGCGAAGUCGUGAUCACGAGUUACCUGCAUAUCCUACCAGGCCUGUGACAUCAUCGCCUAGAUUACUCUGCUCCAUGUUCGAAGAACUCCAACUUGCAUCCGUAUGUUACCUUUUUCAUGAACAAUGAACAUAUGAUGGGAGAUAUGGGCCGCGAGGAGUUCCUGCAUCGAGAACCAUGCAGCCUUGACACUACGUAUGUCAUGACGUUGGUGCUUUUACACGGCGUUGCUUCCCGUUACUUCACUACCCAGUGGGCUGGAGCUGUCGAAGUAUGACACCCACCGAUGUCAUGGUAUGAAGACAGCAGUGAUGUUCCCCCAAUAUGACGAGCUACGAAGGAUAUCCUGCACCUUCUAGAAAGUGUCGAUCUCUGGACCAAACCUACUACAGCCGAUUCAAAGUUUUUUCUGCUUCAUCGUCACCGUCAUCUCCAAAUCUAGGCCGAGCAGAACGUAACUAUUCCAAAGAAACAAGGCUACGUCUUCUGUGAUGUCACUGAACAAUGACAUUGUGCCGCUCGAAUGCUCUCCCAAUACCCAUAAGGGCGAGCCCCAAGUUGGAAUGUGGUGUCAUAACGCUAGAAGACCUUGGUCAACCAAAGAAAGUGAGGCGCAGUGGCCUGACAGUGCCAGUCUCCACGCACCGUCAUAGCAAUGCAUAAAGUUUGUGAGUGGUCACGGAAUAGUAUCCAGCGGAGUCAGCAUCCACCACACGCACCGUUUGUAGCAGCCUCCGCUGACUCCACGUGCAAAAAUGAUAGCGAUAGUUGAUGUGAUGUGAUGUGGAUCCGGGUGGAGUUUUACGACACCAUCGGGGACCAUGAAAGUAAAUCCCAACACAUAUCGGAGGCACCACCAUCGCGAGAAUUUCAACGAUAACCCCGACACCUCGAUAUCCCAGCACCGCGAUUAGAAGGAUCAGCAUCCUCGCAGACGCGAUAUCACGAGGCUCUGUUCCAACCCGAGCCAACCGCAGGCGUCUUCAAUUAAGAUCCUAAUUGCGACCAGGCGUCCCGCGAAGCAUGGGAUUUGCAGGAGCGGUGUAGAGUUUGGCUAAUGGAGACGCUUGGGGUACAGAUUAUAUGGAGCGGAGCGCCUGAGAUGUCGGGUUGGACAAAGUGGCGCCAGAUGACGAUCCAAGAACAGGUGGUGGCCCACCAUGGAGACUUCCAACUUCUAUGCCCGACGGAGAUUUUGGUCGAGGACGAGAAUGGCAGCUUGCCAUGAAGCCCGGGAUUACAAAACCUAAACUCGCGGGAUGACUUCUGAGCACCAUAGAUAUGAAGCGAUGCGAAUAAGCGAAAGACAUAUACGAUGAUAUCGGAAGUAUGAGAUCUUGGGUGAUACUAAACAAUAUAUCUCGUCCAGACAGAGGGUCAGCAGUCUCCCGUCAGCAGGAGGCGAAACCCAUCUACCUAAAACACGAACCAGGGAACCUUGGGCUCCAAACAAGUCAGAGCUAACUUCAAGUUACCAUCUUUAUCAUCAACCUCGAUAUGCAGUGUUCGAUAUUCACGCGAGAACAGAAUCAAGCUAUCCCGCGAACCGAGGAACGACUGGGAAUGACAGGCGAGAGCUAAGAGAGUUAUACGAAAGCGUAUGUUCUCAUGACCAUGACCACCCAUAUCAUAUCGAUAACGCACGACCCAAAUCAGAAAGUUGACUGGAAGGCCCGAGACAUCGAUAUAGAUAAUCGAGUGAUAGAUUAAACCUGAAUGCAGUGCAAUGCAGUGCGAUAAUGGCUGGGUGCGGUUAGGCUGUAAGUAAGUAGCCGGUUUGACAAUGAUGCCUGAGUCGCCGGCGUGCAAGGAGCGCUGAAGAAGCACGUCCAGCAUGGAAGUGAGGAAGAAGUAGAAGUAUGUUGCAGCGCUACGCUAC